UGUAGCAACAGUUGGAUCAACAGUUUGUGACCCUCAUUAGGGAAAAUAACAAGCUUCUCUGAAUGGCUUACGGAUUUUUCCAGCACAUUAUUUAGUAAACUAAACGUUCGCCAUAUCGGAAGUACGUGUUUCCCUAAAGAAUGGAGACUUUGGUUAGCUAACAUCAUCGGCUAAAUUGCUAGUAUUAGUGCUGUAUGCUAACUUUAAGCUAAAGUCUGGAAAGGUUCUGUUUAGCAGAUACAAUUUUAGUGUUAGAAUGAAUUUCUCAGAAGUCUUCAAGCAGUCCAACCAACUCUGCAAAGUUUCCCCAGAUGGAAAAUAUUUGGCUACCUGUGUACAGUACAGACUUGUGAUCCGGGACAUCAAUACCUUGCAAAUCCUGAACCUGUAUACCUGCCUGGACCAAAUAUCCCACAUGGAAUGGUCCUCCGACUCCCUGUUUAUUCUUUGUGCUAUGUACAAAAGAGGACUGGUACAGGUGUGGUCUCUCGAGCAGCCGGACUGGCACUGUAAGAUUGAUGAGGGCUCAAUAGGACUAGUCUCCUCACGCUGGAGUCCAGACGGACGUCACAUUCUCAACACCACUGAGUUCCAUCUGAGAAUUACUGUUUGGUCCUUGUGCACCAAAGCCGUUUCCUACAUUAAGUACCCCAAAGCAUGUCAGAAAGGUUUAGACUUCAGCAGAGACGGAUGCUAUAUGGCUCUGGCUGAGCGUCGUGACUGUAAAGACUACGUCAGUAUAUUUGUUUGUGACGACUGGCAUUUACUCAGGCAUUUUGAGACUGAGACUCAGGACCUCUCUGGAUUGGAGUGGUCUCCAAACGGCUCUGUGCUGGCUGUGUGGGAGAGCUGUCUGGAGUACAAGAUUUUGUUGUACUCAUUGGAUGGACGGUUGCUGUCAACCUAUAGUGCCUAUGAGUGGUCACUGGGUGUCAAAUCUGUGUCGUGGAGCCCCAGCAGCCAGUUCCUGGCCAUUGGCAGCUUUGAUGAAAAAGUGCGUAUUCUCAAUCAUAUCACAUGGAAAAAAGUUGCACAGUUUGAGCAUCCUGCAGUCAUUGACAACACAAAAGCUACUGUAUAUAAAGAAAUUGAAAAAAGACCAACGGUGACCAGUGAUGAAAUGUCCCUGCACAACAUCACAGUGGCCAGCUCCCUUUUCAGCACCCAAAGCAAAUAUGAAAUAAGCCCAUUGCCCGUCCAGAUUCCUGUGGUCAAACCAGACCCAGACCGAGCCAACCCCAAGAUUGGUGUAUCUGCUUUGGCGUUCAGUUCUGACAGUCGCUAUGUUGCCACCAAAAAUGACAACAUGGCCACCGCCGUGUGGGUGUGGGACAUGCAGAAGGUGCGUCUGGAGGCUGUGCUGGAGCAGACGUCGAGCGUACGUUGCUUUCAGUGGGACCCCCGGCGCCCUCGGCUCGCUCUUUGUACUGGAAACAGCAAACUUUACCUUUGGUCUCCAGGAGGCUGCGUCUCUGUUCAAGUCCCCGCCGAAGGAGGCUUUCAAGUUCAUUCUCUUAACUGGCACCGCAGUGGAGACUCCCUCACACUGAUCGGAAAGGACCAGCUGUGUUUAUGCUACAUGGAUACUGAGCAAGACGACAAGUAACACUUUUCUCAAGAAUAAAUGGCUUCAUUUCAGCCUGAGGGAGCUGUGCUCUUGAAGGAUAUUUUGAGGAAAGUUUUCUCUUGAUUGUAGCUGUUAAGUUAUUUUUAUAAAUGUUAAUAUAUGUUUGAGUUAAAUACUGAUUACCUUAUGAACCAUUCCAGCACUGAUAGACAUCUUUGAAUUAAUAUAUUAAGUAGAAUUUCUUGUCAGGUUACAAAUAUUUCUGAGAUGUACUUUAACUAUUUUGUAUGCAGAAUUUUUCAAGUUUGCAUUUUAGAUAGUUUUUUGAUAAUAUCACAAUAAUAAAAGCACGUUUUUCAAUCUAAA